UCUCUGGAUAUCGCUUAUUGGAUUCUCAGCUGGCACCACUGACGACGCCAUUUAUCGAAGAGGCACCGAAAAGAAAUUGAUCCGAGAAAAAACGCGAAAAACCAGAGAAAAAGUUGUGGAAGAGUGCUAAAUUGUGUGACAGUGUGUGGAUUAACACUCAAGAUUGUGCGGUGAAUAUUAGCCAGUGAAGAAAAUGGAGCAAUUCACGCCGAAGGAGGUGCGGAUCUUGGAGACGGUGGAGGACAUUCAGGAGCGCCGAGAGCAGGUUUUGGGUCGCUACAAUGACUUCAAGCUGGAGACGCGCCAGAAGAGGGAGAAGCUCGAGGACUCUCGUCGCUUCCAGUACUUCAAGCGCGACGCUGAUGAACUGGAGAGUUGGAUUCAUGAGAAACUGCAGGCGGCCAGUGAGGAGAGCUAUCGCGAUCCGACGAAUCUGCAGGCGAAGAUCCAGAAGCACCAGGCCUUCGAGGCCGAAGUGUCGGCGCACAGCAAUGCCAUCGUGACGCUGGACAACACGGGCCAGGAGAUGAUCAAUCAGCAGCACUUUGCGUCCGAAACGAUCCAGCGACGCCUGGAUGAGCUGCACCGCCUGUGGGAGUUGCUGCUGUCGCGCCUCGCGGAGAAGGGCAUGAAGCUGCAGCAGGCGCUUGUGCUGGUGCAGUUCCUCAGGCACUGCGAGGAGGUGAUGUUCUGGAUCAAGGACAAGGAGGCCUUCGUCACGGCGGACGAGUUUGGGCAUGAUCUGGAGCACGUGGAGGUGCUGCAGCGCAAGUUCGAUGAGUUCCAGAAGGACAUGGCCUCGCAGGAGUACCGUGUGACGGAGGUGAAUCAAAUGGCGGAUCAACUGAUUCAGGAUGGUCAUCCGGAGCGUGAGAUUAUCGUGAAAAAGAAGGAGGAACUGAACGAUGCGUGGCAGAGGCUGAAGCAGCUGGCGAUACUGAGGCAGGAGAAGCUGUUCGGUGCCCAUGAGAUUCAGCGUUUCAAUCGCGAUGCCGACGAGACCGUGGCAUGGAUCGCUGAGAAAGACGUUGUGCUUUCUUCUGACGAUCACGGACGCGACUUGGCCAGUGUUCAGGCACUUCAGCGCAAGCACGAGGGCGUGGAGCGCGAUUUGGCAGCUCUGGAGGACAAGGUGGCGACGCUGAGUGACGAGGCGCAGCGCCUGUGCAGCACACAUGAUGAUCACAGUGGUCAGAUCAAGGACAAGCAGGCGGAGAUCGUCCAGAACUGGGAAUCUCUGAAGGCCAAGGCGAAGGAUCGCAAGGAGAAGCUCGACGAAUCAUACUAUUUGCAUCGCUUCUUGGCGGACUUCAGGGAUCUCAUCUCCUGGAUCAACGGCAUGAAGGCGAUCAUCUCAGCUGAUGAGUUGGCCAAGGAUGUGGCGGGAGCUGAGGCUCUGCUUGAGCGUCACCAGGAGCACAAGGGAGAGAUCGACGCUCGCGAGGACAGCUUCCGACUGACCGCCGAGGCUGGGAAUUUGCUGCUGGAGAGGAAGCACUACGCCUCGUCAGAGGUGCAGGAGAAACUGUCCGUGCUUGAGAAUGAAAAGACAGCGCUGCACAAUCUCUGGGAGGAUCGCCGCAUUUUGUAUGAGCAGUGCAUGGAUUUGCAGCUGUUCUACCGCGACACCGAACAGGCGGACACUUGGAUGGCGAAGCAGGAGGCUUUCCUCGCCAAUGAAGACCUGGGCGAUUCCCUGGAUUCUGUCGAAGCGCUAAUUAAGAAGCACGAGGACUUUGAGAAGAGUCUGGCGGCGCAGGAAGAGAAGAUCAAGGCUCUGGACAUCUUUGCCACCAAACUCAUCGAUGGCCAGCACUAUGCUGCUGAUGAUGUCGCACAGAGACGUGCUAUGCUCCUGGCCAGGCGUUCGGCACUCAUGGAGAAGUCCUCUGCUCGCCGACUUCUGCUCGAGGACUCGAAUAAAUUGCAACAAUUCGAACGUGACUGCGAUGAGACGAAGGGAUGGAUUUCGGAGAAGCUGAAAUUCGCCACUGACGACAGCUAUUUGGAUCCCACGAACAUCAACGGGAAAGUGCAGAAGCAUCAGAACUUCGAGCAAGAACUGAAUGCCAACAAGUCUCGAAUUGAGGACAUUACGACAAUUGGAUCUGAGCUUGUGGAUCGCAAUCAUUAUGCGUCGGAUCAGGUGAAUUCCCGAAUGCAGGAGAUUAUCACGCUGUGGGAGACACUCGUGCAGGCUUCCGACAAGAAGGGAUGCAAGCUUCAAGAGGCUUCACAGCAGCAGCAGUUUAAUCGCACGAUUGAGGACAUUGAGCUGUGGCUGAGCGAGAUCGAAGGACAGCUAAUGUCUGAGGACUACGGCAAGGAUUUGACGAGUGUGCAGAACUUGCAGAAGAAGCACGCUUUGCUGGAGUCUGACGUGCAGGCGCACCAGGAUCGCAUUGAGAGCAUCAAAGUGGCUGCCAAUAAGUUCAUCGAGAGCGGACAUUUCGACUCGGAGAACAUUGAGAACAAGGAGAAGGCGCUGUCGAAGAGAUACGCGACCUUGGCGGCUCCGAUGGGCGAUCGCCGGAAGCGUCUCUACGAUUCCCUGCAAGUGCAGCAGCUGUUCCGCGAUCUGGAGGACGAAGGCGCAUGGAUUCGCGAGAAGGAGCCAAUUGCUGGGUCCACCAAUCGCGGUCGGGACUUGAUUGGUGUGCAGAACUUGAUCAAGAAGCAUCAGGCUGUCCUGGCGGAGAUUAACAACCACGAGAGUCGCCUGGCGGCUGUUGUGCAGAACGGAGAGGUGAUGGUGAAUGAUCAGCCGUUCGCCAGUGAAGGGAUUAAGCAGCGCUUGGACGCUCUCAAGGAUCAGUGGGACAAUCUGAAGGAUAAGGCACUGCAGAGGAAGCAAGAUCUCGAAGAUUCUCUGCAGGCUCAUCAGUACUUUGCCGAUGCUAACGAGGCGGAGUCGUGGAUGAAGGAGAAGGAGCCAAUUGUGUCCAGCACGGAUUAUGGAAAGGAUGAAGACAGCUCUGAGGCUCUGCUGAAGAAGCACGAGGCUCUGGUGUCUGAUCUCGAGGCAUUCGGCAACACCAUUCAAUCGCUGCAGGAGCAGGCGAAGAACUGCCGCCAACAGGAGACGCCUGUGGUGGAUAUCACUGGCAAGGAGUGCGUCGUGGCGCUGUACGAUUACACCGAGAAGUCCCCGAGGGAGGUGUCCAUGAAGAAGGGCGACGUGCUGACGCUGCUGAAUAGCAGCAACAAGGAUUGGUGGAAGGUAGAGGUGAACGAUCGCCAGGGCUUCGUUCCGGCGGCCUACAUCAAGAAGAUCGAUGCUGGGUUGAGCGCGAGUCAGCAGAAUCUGGUCGAUGGCUACUCAAUUGGCAAGAGACAGGCGCAGAUCAAUGCUCAAUACGACAACCUCUUGGCUCUGGCACGGGAGAGGCAGAACAAGCUGAAUGAGACGGUGAAGGCGUACGUGUUGGUGCGCGAAGCCGCAGACUUGGCCGCCUGGAUUAAGGACAAGGAGAAUCAUGCCCAGAUCAAGGAUGUUGGCGAAGAUCUCGAGGAAGUUGAGGUGCUGCAGAAGAAAUUUGAUGACUUCAAUGACGACCUGAAGGCCAAUGAGGUGCGCCUGGCGAACAUGAAUGAGAUUGCCGUUCAGCUGACGUCUCUUGGACAAACAGAAGCGGCGCUCAAGAUUCAGACGCAGAUGCAGGAUCUCAAUGAGAAGUGGGCGACACUGCAGCAAGUGACAACUGAGAGGGCUUCUCAGCUGGGAUCUGCUCAUGAAGUGCAGAGAUUCCAUCGGGAUAUCGAUGAGACGAAGGAUUGGAUUGCCGAGAAGGAGAAUGCGCUGAACAACGAUGAUCUGGGCAAGGAUUUGAGGAGUGUUCAGACACUGCAGCGCAAGCACGAAGGCUUGGAGCGUGACUUGGCGGCUCUCAGGGAUAAAAUUCGCCAGCUGGAUGAGACUGCCAAUCGCCUGAUGCAGAGUCAUCCGGAGAGUGCUGAGCAGACUUACGCCAAGCAGAAGGAGAUCAAUGAGAUGUGGGAUCAGAUUACCACCAAGGCGACGGCGCGUAAGGAGAAAUUGCUGGAUUCGUAUGACUUGCAGCGUUUCCUCAGCGACUAUCGCGAUCUGAUGGCGUGGAUCAGCUCGAUGAUGGGACUCGUGACAUCUGAGGAGUUGGCCAAUGAUGUGACAGGAGCCGAAGCUCUGAUUGAGCGUCAUCAGAAUCAACGGGCCGAAUUUGAUUUCCGUUACGGUAUUCCGCAGGAGCAUCGCACGGAAAUCGACGCCAGAGCGGGAACUUUUGCUGCUUUCGAGCAAUUUGGCACGGAACUGCUGCAGGCCAAUCACUAUGCGUCGCCGGAGAUUCAGGAGAAGAUUGACGGACUGGCGAAGGCGCGUGAGGAGCUGGAGAAGGCGUGGACGCUGAGGCGUCUGCAGUUGGAUCAGAAUCUCGAUUUGCAGCUGUACUUGAGAGAUUGCGAGCAGGCUGAGAACUGGAUGUCGGCUCGAGAGGCUUUCCUGAAUGCCGAGGAAGUGGACUCCAAGGGCGAUAAUGUGGAGGCGUUGAUCAAGAAGCACGAGGACUUUGACAAGGCCAUCAAUGGUCACGAGGAGAAGAUCGCGGCACUUCAAGUGCUGGCGGAUCAGCUCACGGCUCAGGAUCACUACGCGUCGAAGCUGAUUGACGACAAGAGGCAGCAAGUGCUGGAGCGCUGGCGUCAUCUGAAGGAGGGCUUGAUUGAGAAGAGAUCUCGCCUGGGUGACGAGCAGACUCUGCAGCAAUUCAGUCGCGAUGCCGAUGAGAUUGAGAACUGGAUUGCGGAGAAGCUGCAAUUGGCCACUGAGGAGAGUUACAAGGAUCCGGCGAACAUCCAGUCGAAGCACCAGAAGCACCAGGCUUUCGAGGCUGAAUUGGCGGCCAAUGCUGACAGGAUCCAGAGCGUCUUGGCCAUGGGUGGAAAUCUGAUUGACAAGAAGCAGUGCAGUGGAUCUGAGGAUGCUGUGCAGAAACGUCUCUCCUCGAUUGCCGACCAGUGGGAAUAUCUCACUCAGAAGACCACGGAGAAGUCGCUGAAGCUGAAGGAGGCCAACAAGCAGAGGACGUAUAUUGCUGCCGUGAAGGAUCUGGACUUCUGGCUGGGCGAAGUGGAGAGUUUGCUGACGUCUGAGGAUGCUGGAAAGGAUUUGGCAUCCGUGCAGAAUCUGAUGAAGAAGCAGCAACUUGUGGAGGCGGACAUUCAGGCGCACGAGGAUCGCAUCAAGGACAUGAAUCAGCAGGCGGAUUCUCUGGUGGACAGUGGGCAGUUUGACAGUGCUGGCAUUCAGGAGAAGCGCCAGUCCAUCAAUGAGCGCUAUGAGAGAAUCAGGAAUUUGGCUGCUCAUCGCCAGGCGCGUCUCAAUGAGGCUCUGACGCUGCAUCAGUUCUUCCGUGACAUUGCCGAUGAGGAGAGUUGGAUCAAGGAGAAGAAGCUCCUUGUGGGCAGCGACGACUACGGUCGAGAUUUGACUGGCGUGCAGAAUCUGAAGAAGAAGCACAAGCGUCUGGAGGCGGAGUUAGCGUCCCACGAGCCAGCCAUUCAGGCUGUCCAGGAGGCCGGGGAGAAGUUGAUGGAUGUGUCGAAUCUGGGCGUGCCGGAGAUUGAGCAGCGCCUGAAGGCGCUCAAUCAGGCGUGGGCAGAGCUGAAGGGAUUGGCCGCCACGCGUGGUCAGAAGCUCGAUGAGUCGCUGAUCUAUCAACAAUUCCUGGCCAAGGUGGAGGAAGAGGAGGCCUGGAUCACGGAGAAGCAGCAGCUGCUCUCCGUUGAGGACUAUGGCGACUCAAUGGCGGCCGUUCAGGGACUGCUGAAGAAGCACGACGCCUUCGAGACGGACUUUGCCGCUCAUCGCGAUCGCUGCUCUGACAUUUGCGAGCACGGAGCGAAGCUGGUGGCGAACAACAACCACCAUCAAGAGAGCAUUAAGCAAAGAUGUGCACAGCUGCAGAACAAACUGGACAACUUGUCGAGCUUGGCCACAAGGCGCAAGGCAGCGCUCCUGGACAAUUCGGCGUACUUGCAGUUCAUGUGGAAGGCGGAUGUGGUUGAGAGCUGGAUUGCGGACAAGGAGAGCUACGUGCGAUCUGAGGAGUACGGAAGGGAUUUGUCAACGGUCCAGACACUGCUCACGAAGCAGGAGACCUUUGAUGCUGGUCUCACGGCAUUUGAGCAGGAAGGAAUCCAUAACAUCACAGCUCUGAAGGAUCAAUUGAUUGGCGCCAAUCACGCACAAUCGCCGUCUAUCAUCAAGCGCCAUGAGGAUGUCCUUGCUCGCUGGCAGAAGCUCAGGGAAGCGUCUGACGCACGCAAGUUCCGUCUUCUCUCCAUGCAAGAUCAGUUCAGGCAGAUUGAAGAGCUCUACUUGACAUUUGCCAAGAAGGCAUCGGCUUUCAACUCGUGGUUCGAGAAUGCCGAGGAGGAUCUCACCGAUCCAGUGCGCUGCAAUUCGAUUGAGGAGAUCAAGGCACUGAGGGAGGCUCAUGCGCAGUUCCAGGCUUCACUCUCAUCGGCUGAGGCGGACUUUAAGGCUCUGGCGGCGCUCGACCAGAAGAUCAAGAGCUUCAAUGUGGGACCAAAUCCGUACACGUGGUUCACGAUGGAGGCCCUCGAGGACACUUGGCGCAAUCUGCAGAAGAUCAUCGAGGAGAGAGAUGGCGAAUUGGCCAAGGAGGCGCAUCGCCAGGAGGAGAAUGACAAGCUGAGGAAGGAGUUCGCCAAGCACGCCAAUCUGUUCCAUCAGUGGCUGACAGAGACCAGAUAUUUGAUUCUCGGCUGGGAUAAUAAUGGGACUUCGAUGAUGGAAGGCUCGGGAUCUUUGGAGCAGCAAUUGGAGGCUCUGCGCGUGAAGGCGGUUGAAGUGAGGGCGCGUCGUGUGGACUUGAAGAAGAUUGAGGAGUUGGGAGCUCUGCUCGAGGAGCAUCUCAUCUUGGACAAUCGCUACACGGAGCACUCGACUGUGGGCCUGGCGCAGCAGUGGGAUCAGCUGGAUCAGCUGUCCAUGCGCAUGCAGCACAAUCUGGAGCAGCAGAUUCAGGCGAGGAAUCACUCGGGCGUGUCUGAGGACUCGCUCAAGGAGUUCAGCAUGAUGUUCAAGCACUUCGACAAGGACAAGAGUGGCAAGCUGAACCAUCAGGAGUUCAAGUCCUGCCUGAGGGCGCUCGGCUACGAUCUGCCGAUGGUGGAGGAGGGUCAGCCGGAUCCGGAGUUUGAGGACAUCCUGAGUGUGGUGGAUCCCAACAGGGAUGGCUAUGUGCCACUGCAGGACUACAUCUCCUUCAUGAUAUCCAAGGAGACGGAGAAUGUGCAGAGCUAUGAGGAGAUCGAGAACGCCUUCAGAGCCAUCACAGCCUCGGAUAGACCUUAUGUGACCAAGGAGGAGCUCUACUGCAACCUCACGAAGGACAUGGCAGACUACUGCGUGAACAGAAUGAAGCCCUACAUCGAUCCCAAGUCGGGCCAUCCUGUCGCCGGAGCGUUAGAUUAUAUAGAUUUCACGAGGACUCUCUUCCAGAAUUGAGAGUCCUCUGCAUAAGCAUUUUGUGCUUCUAUCUUUGAUAAAUUAUUCGUAUUCUUUUGCACAUUGGGAAGAAGGCAAGAACACUCACAAGAGAGUGGCUCUUUUUCACUUUUCACACACUACAUUUCCCAAAAACUUUUUCGUAUUCAUAGCGUGUUUAGAGAACUCUUCUAUAUAUUUUAUAAGAUGGAAAUCCAUGAAAUUGUUUGUCUUUCCUAAAGUAUAUAUGGCAUUUAAUCGAAUUGAUUAUAGAAGGCUUAAUGUAAUGCAAGCUGGCAAAAGAUACUCUGUGUAGAGAUGCUUGAAAUGUGUGCCGCAGCGUAAGCCAAUAAAUAUUCAUUCUUCAGAA